AUGGCCACUCGCAUCCGCGACAUGGCAGACACUGCCAGCAGGACGACAGCACAGCUGGCCAAGCGCAUCGCCAUCACUCCCAAGCCCGAUAGCCCGCCGGGCUUGAUAGAGGCCCUGACCUUGGAUCCGUGGGCUAAGUCUGGCAAGUAUGGAUUGGGAUGGACCUAUUUCGCUCUGGCUCUCAUGGGAACAGUCCUUCUCGUGCGAAUGUGGCAUUUCUGGCAGGACAAGAUCCGGCAAGCCAUCUACAAGCAAGAAGUGGAGGAUUACUAUGCCAAUUUGUACAACACCGACCCCGAUUACGUCCACGCGGCACAACAUUUCUUCCCCGACUCCGAGGGGCUCGGAGAAAAGCAGUUCAAGCCCAGAGCUCACUUCUCUUCUGUUGGUUUCGUCAACGACACACUGGCCCUCUUCCGAUGGAUGUUUUACCGACCCAUCCCUGAUUUGGCUUGGGGCAGCCACCGAUUCACCUUCUCAUCGCUGGCUGUCAUAACUUGCGGCCUUGUCGCCCUGGCGUUUGUGACACUCUAUUGCUUCCUCCAGCAACCACUUUACUGGCAGAGCAUUCAGUUCGGUUCCCCGCCCGUUGCUAUCCGAGCUGGCAUGAUCGCCGUCGCCCUUACCCCCUGGGUCAUCGUGACGAGCAUGAAGGCGAACGUCUUGUCCAUGCUUAUCGGUAUCGGGCCUGAGCGUCUCAAUGUUUUUCAUCGAUGGGCUGGCUACCUUUGCCUUUUCCUGUCCCUGGUCCAUAUGAUCCCUUUCUACAUUCAGCCAGUCUGGGACGAUGGUGGCAUGGACGUCUUCUCGCGCCUUUUCCCCGGCGGAAGUGGCGUCAUCUACGGCACUGGCAUUGCAUGUCUUGUCCCUCUUGUGUGGCUUUGCGUCGCAUCUCUGCCGUUCAUCCGCCGCAUCGCUUACGAGCUCUUUGUCAUGCUCCACGUGCCUGUCGGCAUGGCCUACGUCGGGCUCUUGUUCUGGCACACCAAGAACUACCUGGCGUCUUGGAACUAUCUCUGGGCAACAGUCGGCAUCUGGGUGUUAUGCUAUUUUAUCCGUCUGUUCAACCUCAACUGGACGAGGCCGUGGCGGUUGAGCUUCAUGGUUGGUGAUGAAGCCGCCAUCAGUCUCCUUGCCGAAAACGCCAUAAAAAUCACCAUCCCGACUCAGAUGCGGUGGCGGCCUGGCCAAUAUGUCUACCUGCGCAUGCCAGGCGUGUCAUUCUUCGACAACCACCCUUUCACCAUCUCAUCGCUCUGCAGCGAGGAUUUUCCUUCGGAGUACGGCGAGCAAUACCGAGACUGCAUUUUGGUCUUCAAGCCUUACGGCGGCUUCACCCGUAAGGUCCUCGACAUGGCCAUCGAGAAGGGGCCAUUCCACACCUACCGUGCCUUCUUGGAUGGACCCUACGGGGGUAUGCGCAGAGACCUUGCCGCUUUUGACACUUGCAUUUUGAUCGCAGGCGGGAGCGGCAUCACGGCCUUGAUGUCGCAAUUACUUAAUCUAAUCAAGCGUAUGCGUGAUGGGAAGGCCAUCACACGGAAGGUGGUCGUGGUCUGGGCUCUCAAGAGACUUGAGGCUAUGGACUGGUUCCGCGAAGAGCUUCGGAUUUGCCGUGAAUCUGCGCCUCCGGAGAGUGUCACUUGCAAGUUCUUCGUCACUUCAGCUGUCCGGAACCGGGGCAUGGCUAUCGAAGGUACAGAUCGCGGUGCCCCUCGAGCCUUGAGUCAUCUUUUUCAUGACAAGCUGGAUGGUUUUGUUGCAGGCAUCGCGUCGAAGCGCAACUCCGCGCUGAUUCAGUCUGUGGCACAAGGCGACCCAGACCGCGAACAAGAGUUGCGCGCCGAGCAAGAGGACAGGAUCACGGCGCUACCACAACAAAAGUAUCUGCAGCCUCACCAAUACCCUCCCCCUCCCCGGGGCCGCCACCCUCGAACCGACGCGAAAAAGCGCGAGUUCCACUUUCCUCCGAUCAACACCAAAGGCGAGGUGCCACAUUUCAACUACGCCCCGGCAUCGCCUCGGAAGGGACCGGAAACCAGUCCGCGGAACUCGGAUGUCCCUGUGCGGCCACCUGAAUUGGCACAUUUGAGGACUACCAACCUCCCUGGAGCCGGUCAACCUCGUCCGACCAGCACAUUUGGCCCGCCCUCAGGCUUCGACUUUGGCUUUCCCGAGACCCCAACCGAGUUCCAAAAGAGUCUGAUGCGCUUCGCUUUCCCCGUACCGCAUCAGAUCGAUGGCGGUUGGUCUGUUGAAUAUGGCCGACCAGACCUAGGCUACAUGCUCAAGGAGUGGGCGACUGGAGGCGCCGAUGGAAGGGGAAUCCUUGGCCGUCGGACGGCCGUGUUUGUGUGCGGACCCCCAGCCAUGCGCGUCGGUGUCGCGAAUACCGUCGCGCGCCUGCAAGCGGCCAUUUGGGGCGACGACAUGUUGGAGGAGAUUUAUCUACAUACCGAGAACUACGCCCUCUGA